CAUUGUUAAACCAUAACAAUUAACAACACAAACCAUGUCUCUCCUCUUCAUAUAAAAGAGAGUUAUUACUUGUUACAUUCCAACCUUCAUCUCAAGUUUCCUUCUGUUUCUGUGUGUUUUCCCUUAUUACCUUAAUCAGAUCACAUAAAAACUAGGAAAACUAAUCCAAGACAUGGGUUGUGGGAAGUCCAAACAUGAUGUUGCUUCAGGAAACACCGUCCUCCAGCGCAAGAAAUCCGGUGUGAGCAGCCAGGAAAAUGGGACAGAAACCAAAGACACAAAAAACAACAAUAUUGUUGACAAUGUGAGGUCAGAGGUACAAGUGGAACAGAAGGAGAGUGAAAGUGUCAAAGAGUCUGAUGUAGUGGUUAAUGAUGUCAAAGGUAAAGAUGAGAAAACAAAUGUGCAAGAGAAGGAGGAAAAUGAGGGUGGAGAGGAGAAGUCUGAGUCUGAGAAAGAUAAUACAUUGAAGGAGAAUGAACAGAAGAUCAAUGAUGCUGAAACUGAUGAUGCUACAGAAGAGAAAACGCCAGCAGAAAAUGAAAAAGAGGAUGUCAGUGUGAAGAAAGAAGAAGACAUAAAAGACACAAACACUUCAACCUCUGAAGGUGAAGAAAAGGAUAUGAAAGCUGAGGAGGUAUGUGGGGUUAACAAAAUUUCACACAUUAAUUAGUCACAAGUGCUAGUUGUGUGAAAGGAAUUUAUGGAGACAUGUUUGUUGUGCAGCAGGGACAAUAGAGAAUCCAACAACCAGCGAAGAUGUGAAAAACCAGAGGAGAUUAAGGGCAAUUGGAGAUAAUACAGAUAUCAUUCUGGUUACUUUUAUGUGAUAGCUUUUGUGGUCUGUGUUGAUCUUUCAUCCUGGAUUUAAUUAUACUUCGUUUCCCUUUUCUGUGUCCUCUCAAAAUGUAACAAGUUGGAGAUAAUGGAACAGUUAUAGUACUUCAUUCAUUCUUUUCUUUCUUA